AUGGGAUCUGAACUUCUCAGUUGCGAAAGACUUGGUGAUUUGCUGGUGCAGCACAAAUUCAACUCACCACCACCGCAAAAACCAGAAGUCGACCUCAAGAUGGUAAAAUCUGACGAAAUCCCAGUCCUCAAGGUCGGCCGUGUGGCCAUCAUCACUCGAGGCCGAUAUGCCGGAAAGAAGGUUGUUAUCAUCCAGCCCAUGGACUCUGGCUCCAAGACUCACACCUUCUCCUACGCCCUCGUUGCCGGUAUCGAACGCUACCCAUCGAAAGUCACCCGCCGCAUGGGCAAGAAGCGAGUCGAAAAGCGAUCCAAGGUCAAGCCAUUCAUUAAGUUGGUCAACUACAACCACAUCAUGCCCACAAGGUACACGCUCGAGCUAGAAGGACUGAAGAACGUCAUCUCCAACGACACAUUUAAGGAGGUGUCGCAGCGAGAAGACGCAAAGAAGAACGUGAAGAAGGCCUUGGAAGAGCGCUAUCUAAGUGGCAAGAACAGAUGGUUCUUCACCCCUCUGAGAUUUUAG